AGCACCCGAAUCCCCUCCCACCUUGUUGUCCACCUACACACAUUCUCAAAAGAUAAACAAAAUCUGUGGCUGCAUUGAUGCCACCAGAAGUCGUGUGCCAAAUAAACUAAAAUAGGAUGUCGUUCGAUUUGCUACCGGCAGAAAUACUGCAGAAGAUAUUUGACUUCGUACCGCGAGCCGAACAGCUGGAAAAGACAUCGAUUAGUCGCCGUUGGAAUCAGCUGGCCCUGCGUGAAACCUAUCUUAUUCUUGCGUACGGUGAGCAGGUAAUUAGCGAGAGAAUAUUACGCCGGACCAAACGCAGCUACUGCUGCUUUUCGAUAGAGUUCAGCGAAGCAUAUGAGGUACUGAGACCAAGGUUGAAGAUUUGCGCCGAAAAGUUCUUCCUGCGGAAGUUGAUUUUGGAUGGUAUUCAAACAUAUGCGCUGCUUCUGUUCGCACAGGAAUAUCGUCAAUGGCUUCGGAGUGUUGUUCACUUUUCUGUAACAGUAUCUAAUAAAAUUGAUUCUAGUGAUGGAGAGCAGCAUCUUGAUUUACCUCGGUUGAAGGUACUUUCGUGGACGUGUAGCACGGAGGAAGAAAACAGGAUUUUACCAAAAUUUGUUUUAAAUGCACCAGCCCUCGAAGAUGUAUACGUUGAGUUUGGUUGCGAUGCUAACCAAACUCCGUUGGUCCUGGAGCACACUACAAACCUCAAAUCUUUGGGAGUAUUUGUGCCAAAGAUGAUCCCCAUUAUGUGCCCAAACGGACUGCUUGUGCUAGACUGUUUAAGAAUCUACAAUUCUACAAGGCCAUUCUCUUGGAAUCUGGAACAAUUCACCCUGCCCUGUUUGAAAGUUCUUGAGCUUUGUGGUUGUACGAUAAAUAGCGAAUCAAUCGUUGCCUUGCGACACUUUCCACAUUUGGAAACGCUAAUUAUCCAAACUGAGACAAUACAUCUUAUCAAUUUGCACAUGAUAGCCAAUUCGCUACCGAAACUCAAACAACUUCGACUUUUUGAUAUCAAAUGGACGCACAACCCCGAAAUGCUCACCUUUCCGUCUUUGCAAGUACUCGACAUCAACGAUACCACCCAAAAUGAUGAUGGCUGGUCAUUGGAAAUAAACGCACCUCAUUUGAUCACUCUGAAAGGGACUGCGCUCAAUCUACUCGGCUUCGAGCUGGCCAAUCCGUCCAGUGUGAAGUGCAUGAUCCUGCAUGGUCUGUACCUCAAUUACUUCCAACCACGAUUAUUUGCAUCAGUGAUGAUUUUACACAUUGAUAUUCCGUGCGACGGGCGGCACCUCAUGAUAAACGAGUGCAUUCAUCAGUUCCCGAAUCUCACCCGUUUGACGCUCGUCUUGCACGAAAAGCAGUCGCCAGUGAACUUGAGCGGACAUUUGCUUGCCAUUAGCUUCAUCCACUUACGGUAUCUACAUCUUCAGAACUUUGAUUUGGAUUAUAAUUUUCUGGUCGGUAUGGGAAAAUGUCUUAAGCUGAGGACUCUUAUCAUUCAGGAUGGAACAUUAACCGUAGCUGCUGAUGAUCGUCCGGUAUACUUCUCCGAUCAGCAGCAUUUUUACUUACAAAAUGUGAAGAUUCCAACCGAGGUAACGUCUUUUCCGGUUUUCAACCCGCCAACUAGGUUGAUCCUGUCGCUACCGGAUGGCAACGUGUUCAGCACUCUUAAAUGGGAUGAGAAAAAUAUCAAACGAGCCGAGGAUUACGUUACGUUUUUGCUUUGGUGAGGUUGAACAUUGGUUUUAUCUGUAUUUUUGUUUUCAUUGCAUUUCGGAAAUUAAUAUACACGAGUCUAUGAUUGUAAUAUUGCAUUAUUUUAAUUGGUUGGAUGAUGUACAACCAAAAUAAUCAAUAUAAUCGGAUUGUUUUCUAUUGUUCUAUACAA